AUGUCCAAUCUUACGAAACUAGAGUUCAUUGACAUUCAUAGUUCGGGCAAGAACUACCUUUCAUGGGUGUUCGAUGCUGAAAUCUACCUUGAUGCAAUGGGUCUUGGAGACACCAUAAAAGAAGAAAAUAAAACAUCAAAGCAAAACUGUGCACGGGCAAUGAUAUUCUUGCAUCAUCAUCUUGACAAGAUACUAAAAAUUGAAUAUCUCACAGUUACGGAUCCACUUGUUUUGUGGAAAAGACUAAAUGAAAGAUAUGACCACUUGAAGAUGGUCAUACAUCCAAAGGCACAGUAUGAUUGGAUGCAUCUAAGACUACAAGACUUUAAGUCUAUACAUGAGUAUAAUUUUUUCAUGUUCAGAAUCACUUCUCAGUUGAAAUUAUGUGGAGAAACGGUUAGUGAUAUUGAUAUGAUGGAAAAGACGUUCUCCACUUUUCAUGUCUUGAAUGUGCUCAUGCAGCAACAAUAUCGAGAGAAAGGUUUCAAAAAGUAUUCUGAACUAAUUUCUGAUUUUCUUGUGGAUGAGCAAGACAAUGAUUUAAUAAUGAAAAAUCAUGAGAAUCGGCCUACUGGAUCUGAACUACUUCCUGAGGUGAAUGAGGCGUACGCCCAUCAUGCUAGGCGUGGAAAAGGUCACGGCCCAAGUGGUGGUCGUGGAUGUGGACGUGGACGUUGUCGUGAUUAUGGUCAAGAACGUAAUUCUUUUCCUGGUGUUAAUCAUUCAAUAAAUAAGAAUCACAAUCAAAAGGAAAAAAAGGAUGAGAAACGUAAAGCAACUAUGACAGGUUGUUUUCGAUGUGGUGUAAGAGGUCAUUAUGCAUGGAUUAUCGUACUCCCAAACACUUGGUUGAGCUUUAUCAAGAAUCGCUAA